AUGACGGUUCUCAGUCAUCUAAAACGAGUCCAUCGACAUAAUGUCGCAACCCUGCGCGGCUCACCCGCCGCAGAGGUCUCUGGCGCUCUUGGUGAUCUAGGAACCCUUCUUCCUCUAAUGAUUGCCCUUGCCGUCCAGAACUCCAUCUAUCUCGAUAGCACGCUGGUGUUUUCGGGCAUCUUUAACGUUGUGACCGGCGCCGUCUUCGGCAUCCCGCUUCCAGCCAUCGCCGCGGCAGCCAUAUCACGGUCCGAAUAUGGUGGCAUCAGAACCGUCAUGGCCGCAGGCCAGUGGGUCAGUAUGGCCGUCCUAGUCAUGAGUCUCACAGGCUUGCUGCGCUGGGUCACGCGAAAUGUCCCCGUCCCUGUCGUCAAGGGCAUCCAGCUCGGCGCCGGUCUCUCCCUCGUCAUGGCCGCCGGCUCCGGCCUGCUCAGGGACCUUCACUGGACUCAUCCCGUCCUCGACAACAAGCUGUGGGCCUUGGCCGCCUUCCUCGUGCUCAUCUUCACCCAGGGGCUGCCGCGAUUCCCCUAUGCGCUGCACAUCUUUGUCCUGUCGCUCGUCUUCGCGUUCAUCUCCAUCAUCACUUCGCACGACGACCCGCACACCUACCUCCCGGUUCCCAGUCUCUGGCACCCUCACUUGGUGCACUGGAACCUCGACUGGUUCAAGUACAAGCCGUUGUCCAUGGCCAUCGGCCAGCUCCCGCUCACCACCUUGAACUCGGUCAUCGCAGUGAGCGCUCUCGCGGCGGACCUGCUGCCGGACAUACCCACGCCGUCAGUCACCGCCAUGGGCAUCAGCGUCGGCGUUAUGAAUCUGGUCGGCACCUGGUGGGGCGCCAUGCCCGUGUGCCACGGCGCGGGCGGGCUGGCCGCCCAGUACCGCUUUGGGGCGCGCAGCGGCGCGAGUGUCAUCAUUCUGGGCCUCUUCAAGAUCGUCCUGGGCCUCCUCUUUGGAAAUUCCCUCAUUGGCCUGCUUACGCACUACCCAAAGAGCCUGCUGGGCGUCAUGGUGAUCGCCGCCGGCCUCGAGCUCGCCAAGGCCGGGCACAGUCUGAACCACGGGGCUUCUGACCUGUGGGAGAGCGCCGCCGGCAACGAGGGCGGCGGGGGGAUCGUUCGGAAGCAUCGCUCGCUUUCUGAUGACCAGAGGGCUGAGAGGUGGACCGUCAUGCUGAUGACUACGGCCGGGCUCCUUGCGUUUAGGAAUGAUGCUAUUGGCUUCAUUGCGGGUAUGUUCUGUUUUUGGGCGUACCGGGUCUCGGAGAGGACGCAGAAGUGGUGGGAAUCUAGACGUGGCCGGUCUCUAUUUGGUGAGCGAGCGCCGCUUCUGAGUUAG